AUGAAUUCCAGAAUCAUCGGCAAAAAAAUUUUAUUAUACAUUAUCGCAAUUAAUAUUAUUAAAACGAAUACCGAUGCGACCACUGAGUUAACCAAAUUAUUCACAUAUUUUGAUGACCAAUCUAAGCUAAAAGAGAUACAAUUAAACGAAGGAGAUGCCAGAGCGGUUCUAGAAGAUAAGCCUACAGGAUUACAAAGGACCGUUUUGGAUUUAGAUUUUCCAGAGGGGACACCUAGUAACAACACUGAUUCCAGAUAUAGAAUAGUACAGUGUUUAGCAGUGGGUCACAUUGAUUACAUUCAGAAAAAAACAUAUAAAAAUGUAUCUCUUAAAUUGACUGCAAAGGUCCCCUACGAACAAGCUCAAGAAUGCACAAAUACCAUCAUUGUAACUCUAAGUCCGCCAGGUACCAUUGGAGCAACGGACAAUGUGUUAACUAACGUCUACAAGAUAUUUCAGAAGGAGGUUACGUUGAAAAACAAUGAAUCAACCACGUUCGUAUUUGAAGACGUGCUCGACAGCGGAUUCUUAAAAAUGGAUCUAUUCUGGGUCAAUUUUGAAAUCAAGGGGAAGUGUUCUAAAUACCUUGAAGUGGAUCUGCUUAAACCUCAGAACAGUAGCCUAUACGGGGAUAAGGACGGACCAGAUGCCAGAACCCAAGCUACAGGAGGUCAAGGCCAAGCGGUUAGUCCUGCUGCUUGA